GACCAGUCCAUUCUCACUGGAGAGUCCGUGUCUGUCAUCAAGCACACUGACCCCAUCCCUGACCCCAAGGCCGUCAACCAGGUCAGACUCGCGGGCGAGCACCUUUCUCCCAUUCUCUCUCCCUCUCGUAUUUUUGGGAAGAACUUGAAGUCUGAUCAGAGGUUUUGAGGAAAUGAUGAGAGCGUAUUCUACUCACAAGCCCUGAUUCAGCCGAUUGUUGUUGUGUAAAUCCUUUGAGCUUCUCUCUUCACCAGGGUCAUUUGAGCUUGGCAUUCCCAUACUAACAAUGAAGAUGUGUCCCUUAUCAGUGUAUUUCUCUUUGUGUGUUCUGCUGUCAAAUGUAUUCAGGUGUAUUUUCUUACAAAUUCAUUUCUUUUUUUGAUAGUGAGCAGACUCUGACGUGUUUAGAAAUUUAUUCUGUAACUUAAAUAGGACGUAUAAAAUGAAAUCAAACUAACAUCUUGUGAUAACCUACAAACAAUAGAAAUGAGAAGUAUUUGUAAGAACUAGCAGACAUGCUAAAAGAAGAUAUGCAAUCUCUUAAAUUCUGGAUAUUCCAUUCACUUUACAAGCAUGCAGACAAGGAUGGGGCUAGUAUUGCCCGUGCCAUUAUACAGGUAAAGUGUGAGUCACACUUGGUGAUCCCUGAGUCCUAUACUUUCAGAUAUCACACAUGUAUGUUAGUAUGCCUGCUGUCUGGUCACUACCACUUGCUAAUCACUGCUACUGGCCUCUGCUUAAGGCAUUGGCAUCGACGUCUCUUUUAGGAUGUGCUUGAACAAGAAGAAAAGUUUGCCUUGCUAAGUCUGAGCCACAGCUAGUAAUAGCAUGAAUACAUGUAGGUUUAGAAGGCACUUUAGAACAGAAUGAGGAGGCAUUUAGGUUUUACUUUGUAUUAUUUACUUUUGAUCACUAUCAUUAUCAUCAUUAUUUUUUUUUUUUUG